UAUUGGUAGUGACGUGUGUGAAGUGACGACCCUCCCGUUGUGCGGUGCCUCAGUCUGUGCGCUUCUAGAGCCACGGUCCUCACUUCAGUGUUUAUUUGGUUGUCAUGGCGGAGGGACGUGGAGAACUAUUGCCUCAGCCGCCGCUACACCUCUCCUUACCCCCAGCCAGCAAGCGUCCGUGCUUGCGUCCCGCUCCUCGAGGACCGGGUCCGGGGCCUGGCCCGGGAUUUCCGAACUCUCGUUUUCGUUGCCCGGAAUCUCUACUGGACUGCGCCGCGAAGGCCGUAGCGGAGAAAUGGGCCUUCGAGAGGGUGGAGGAGCGCUUCGAGCGGAUCCCAGAACCGGUUCAGCGCCGUAUCGUGUAUUGGUCGUUCCCGAGGAACGAAAGGGAAAUAUGUAUGUAUUCGUCAUUUCAGUGCCGAGUGGCGGGGGAAGAGGGUCCGGUAGUGGGCUCGAGCUCGUCCGUUGGAUCUAGUAACGUUACAGUCCCCGGAGGGAUUACGAACACAACAGGCAGCGCAGGGACGGGGGGUACCGGAGAUGGACUGCCUUUCCGCCGGGGAAUCCGGCUUUUGGAAACCGGUUGUGUGGACAACGUCUUACAAGUCGGUUUUCACCUCAGUGGCACAGUCACAGAGCCGGCAACGCAAUCCGAGCCAGAAACGACGCAUAAGGUAGCCAUCAGCUUCGACCGCUGUAAGAUCACGUCAGUAACAUGCGGCUGUGGCAACCGAGACAUCUUCUAUUGCGCACACGUGGUGGCGCUGUCCUUAUACCGCAUCCGCAAACCCGAGCAAGUCAAACUGCGGCUGCCCAUCUCAGAGACACUCUUCCAGAUGAACAGAGACCAGCUGCAAAAGCUGGUGCAGUACCUUAUCACAGCCCACCACACAGAAGUGCUGCCCACCGCCCAAAAACUGGCAGAUGAAAUCCUGUCCUCCAACUCUGAGAUCAACCAAGUACAUGGGGCCCCGGAUCCCACAGCAGGGGCCAGUAUUGAUGAUGAGAACUGCUGGCACCUGGAUGAGGAGCAAGUGAGGGAACAGGUCAAGCAGUUCCUCUCUCAGGGAGGAUACUAUGGCUCAGGCAAGCAGCUCAACUCCAUGUUUGCCAAGGUGAGGGAAAUGCUGAGAAUGCGCGACUCAAACGGGGCUCGGAUGCUCACGCUCAUCACGGAGCAGUUCAUGGCUGACCCGCGCCUAUCUCUAUGGCGACAACAGGGCACGGGCAUGACCGACAAAUGCCGACAACUCUGGGAUGAGCUGGGUGCGUUGUGGGUGUGUAUCGUGCUGAACCCGCACUGUAAAAGUGAAGAGAAGAGCGGCUGGCUGAGACAGCUGAAGAAAUGGGGAGACAUGGACAUCUGCCCUCUAGAGGACGGCAAUUACGGCAGCGAGCUGCCCAACAUCACCAACGCUCUGCCACAGAGCAACCUGGCUCAGGACUCACUGGCCCGGCCUAGAAGAACGGUGUUCACGAGAGCAAUGGAGGCCUGUGACCUGCAUUGGCAGGAUAGUCACUUGCAGAGAAUCAUCAGUAGUGACUUCUACAUGUCCCCGGCUUACCAGAGAGAGGGAGAGAGCCUGCUCUUCAACCCCCAGGGCCUGCCACUGUGGCUGGAUCACGUGCCUACAGCAUGCGCCAGGGUGGAUGCGCUGCGUUCCCAUGGUUACCCCAGAGAAGCCUUGCGACUGGCUGUUGCCAUAAUCAACACCCUCCGGCUCCAACAGCAACGGCAAUUAGACAUAUACAAGCAUCAGAAGAAAGAACUGCUGCAGAGGGGAAUGACCAACACCACCAAUCUGGAGGGCUGGGUGGGCCACCCCCUCAACCCCAUUGGCUGCCUUUUCGCCACUCUCACGGAGACGUGUCGAGUGGAGGAUGACAAUACCAUGGAUACCGGAGAUUCCGGUGAGCCCAAGCCUCCAGUGUACCAGCAUGUACCAGUGUGGGGAUGUCCAGAUGGAGGAGAGUCGUACCUGGCACUGGCACUAGAGGUGGCGCUGAUGGGUAUGGGGCAGCAGCGACUAAUGCCCGAGGGCCUGUAUGCACAGGACAAGGUGUGCCGGAACGAGGAGCAAAUUGUGGCCAAGCUGCAAGAGAUGGAGCUGGAUGACAUAUUAGUGCAAACACUCCGCAAACAAGCCAUCCUACUUUUAGAAGGUGGUCCCUUCAGUGGUCUUGGGGAGGUCAUCCACAGAGAGAGUGUUCCCAUGCACACAUUUGCCAAGUACCUCUUCACCGCUCUCCUGCCACACGACACAGACCUGGCGUACAAACUGGGCCUUCGUGCAAUGAGGCUUCCAGUACUGGAGUCCACGGCUCCCUCAGGUGACAUAGGACACCCUCACCAUGGCAUCUCCAUAGUGCCCAGCAGAUAUCCACGCUGGUUCACACUGGGCCACCUGGAGUCCCAGCAGUGUGAACUGGCCUCCACCAUGCUUACUGCUGCUAAGGGUGACAUGUUGAGAUUGCGGACUGUUUUGGAGGCUAUUCAGAAGCACAUCCACUCCUCUUCCCUCAUCUUCAAACUGGCCCAGGAUGCCUUUAAGAUCGCUACGCCUGCAGAUAACCCUCCUGACAUCACACUGCUCAAUGUAGCGCUGGAGCUCGGCCUUCAGGUGAUGAGGAUGACUCUGUCCACACUCAACUGGAGGCGGCGGGAGAUGGUUCGCUGGCUUGUCACAUGUGCUACUGAAGUCGGUCUGAGAGCUUUGGUUAGCAUAUUGCAGAGCUGGUACACUCUCUUCACCCCCACCGAAGCGACCAGCAUAGUGGCAGCCACAGUGAUGUCCCACAACACCAUCCUGCGCCUGAGCCUCGACUAUCCGCAGCGGGAGGAGCUGGCCAGCUGCGCGCGCACCCUGGCCCUGCAGUGCGCUAUGAAGGACCCUCAAAACUGCGCCCUGUCCGCCCUCACCCUCUGCGAGAAGGACCACAUCGCCUUCGAGACCGCUUACCAGAUAGUCAUCGACGCCGCCUCCACGGGCAUGACCUACUCUCAGCUCUUCACCAUCGCACGCUACAUGGAGCACCGCGGCUACCCCCUUCGAGCUUUCAAACUGGCGUCUCUCGCCAUGACCCACUUGAACCUGGCCUACAACCAAGACACGCAUCCGGCCAUCAAUGAUGUGCUGUGGGCUUGUGCUCUCAGCCACUCGCUGGGCAAGAACGAGCUGGCCGCCAUCAUCCCUCUGGUGGUCAAGAGCGUUCACUGCGCCACGGUGCUCUCGGACAUUUUGCGGCGCUGCACCAUGACGGCCCCCGGCCUGGCCGGCAUCCCUGGCAGACGUAACUCGGGCAAGCUUAUGAGCACUGACAAAGCCCCGUUGAGACAGCUACUGGAUGCCACCAUCAGCGCCUACAUCAACACCACCCACUCCCGCCUCACGCACAUCAGCCCGCGCCACUACGGAGAGUUCAUCGAGUUCCUUAGUAAGGCACGCGAGACCUUUCUUUUGGCCCAAGAUGGCCACAUUCAGUUCGCCCAGUUUAUAGACAACCUCAAACAGAUCUAUAAGGGCAAGAAGAAACUCAUGAUGUUGGUACGGGAACGUUUUGGUUGAACCUCGCUUGAUUGCAGGGGAACUUGUUCUUCUUUCAUUCUUCAUUUAUUUAAGGCAUUAUUUUAUUCUUCCUUUUUUUUUUUGGUCGUCUUUGGUGAAUGUUUAAGUUUUAUUCAUUUGUUUUGAUCUGUUUCGUCUUGUUUUGUUUUUUUAUUGUGAACAAUUCCUGUUCACCAAGUUAUUCUACCAGGUCGAACCUGUGGAGGGGAGAACAACAACUGUAAUUAUGACCAUUUAUGUUUUUGUUUUGGCUCGUUCUUGAUUUCGUUUGAUCAAGAUAUUGUGAUAAAAAUGUAAAAGUGGCACAUAAAGAGACACCAAAUGAUUAUGUGGUAAAUUUUGAGCGUGGGGGAGGCGUUUGGUUGGUUUUGAACACUCGAAUCAAAACGGUCCUCGAUCGUAUUUUACGGAUCAGCUUUAACUCUCUCUCUGGAAAAGGCCUGAUUUUAAGAGUGAGACGGGCACAUCACCUCAAAUGCUCUGCCGAAUGUCCUAACCACGACUCAAGCAAGCCACAAGACAUGAGCCCUCCCCUCUCUCCUGGAUUUGUUACUAUCGGCUCAUCUUAACCUCUGUUCGAAAAUUUCAGUGCGAGGAAGACGAUGGCCUGUGUGCUCAAUCCUUCCGUGCUGUUUCCUGGUCUUGCUGAAUAUGAACAAAACAGAGAUAUUUACCCAUCGAUAUCAGCCAUAUAUGUUUCUCUGUUACCUCUCAGUGAAAAACAAAAACAGAAACAAAAAGACUUGUGUGAGAUUGAGUAGCAGUAAUAAUAUAUAUAUGUACUAGCACUUCAUUAAAUUCCAUCCCCUACACGACGCAUUCGGAUCAGCAAUUACUUUCUGUGUACAAAUUAGGUGAAUUGUAUAGAUGCAUUUGACAAAAACAGCUACAUUGGCAGAACAAGGAAUUAGCUGGCUUUAAACUGUAUCGUAAUAUCUUCCACAUUCCAUGACCUCCGCCCUCCACAAGUGCCCCAGUGGAUCCAAACACUUAGAAUGCACUCCGCGGCUUCUAUCUGAAGGAAAACAAGAAGAGAGAUGCUAAACUCCGUUCUCAGGGAAUCACUUAAAGAAACAAAACAGAAAAGAAAAAAAAUAGUAGCAUAAGCAUUUAAGAUAUUGUAAAUAUGAAAGUGUCAAUUCAAAAAAUUGUAAAGUUAUAAUUAUUUAUGAUAACUGUAUGUUUUUCUUUUCGGAUACUUGAAUUUGUCGGGCUGGGAAUGUGACGACCGUAAGAGGAAAGACUUCAGAAACAUUUCUCAGGUGCUCCUGUGUACAUUUCCGAUUUGCUGUUUUAUUUGUAUCCUCUUUUAUUAGAUUUUUUUUGUAAUACAAUUUUGCAAGAGGAAGCAUGUAAAGAAGAAGAAAGGAGAGGACAAAUGUUUAUGAACAGACUAUGCAGAACCACUUCACGAUUUGCUCUCUUCACGCCCGAUCUUCCUCCGUCUUUUCUCCUUGUUUGGCUCGGGGGUUGGGGGCGCUCUCCCAAAAUUCAACCGUUUGUAUCUUGUAAGUAAAGUAAUCUGCACGAGCUUCGAGUUUGGAUGGACUUUGCCUUUGAUCUACGUACAACUCUUUACUUUGAAGCCUUAUAGUCUUCUCUGAAAGCGCUGCAUGUGUUUCAGGACAUUGUGUUGCCAAUGUCAGAGGAGUACAGCACAGAGAAUACGGACCUACACCUUCGACUGGCCCGAACAAGGAAGAAGGACAUCUGCUGUUCGAUUCUCCUUUGCUUUGACACGGUCCACAUACUUUAGGGUCGUGAUUAUCUUGUAUUGGGGCUUUUUGAGGGCAAUAAGGUCUGUUUUGAGGUUGCGACUUACCAUUGCCUAAUCGAGACUUUGAUAGAUGCUUCAUUAAUGGCUAAAUCUUGAGGAGAUUUCUCUAUGUUGUUGGUUAAGGUUGGUCACUUUCAUUUAAAUGGUUUGCUGGUUUCCACUUUUGGUUAGUCUUUUCUUUUUUUUUUUUCCCCUCAAAAUUCAUUCUAGUUGCAUCAACUGUGGCAUACUCGAACCACAAGGUGUUUAUGCAGCCUUUAUUCCUCAACCGGCUCUGUCGGGUAGCUCUCACGGACCUGAGAGAAAGCUCACAGAUUAGACUUUUUUUUUUUCUUUUUUAAUUAAGACAUCUGCAGAAUGAUAAUAGUGCUGCCUGUUCAAUUAAAAAAUAAU